CUCAGCCAAAGAAAUCGUUCAUCAGUGAGUGUUUGCAAUCAUCGUCUGAUCAUUUUUCAGUUCGGAUCACUAACGCUCUGCUUCUACCAACUUCUCUUCGAUUGAAGAUGUCGUGCUGCGGAGGGAACUGUGGCUGUGGCUCCGGCUGCAAGUGCGGCACCGGCUGCGGAGGGUGCAAGAUGUACCCUGACUUGACCUACACCGAGCAGACCACCACCGAGACCCUCGUCAUGGGCGUCGGCCCCGAGAAGUCGAGCUUUGAGGGAGCCUCGGAGAUGGAAUACGGGGCUGAGAAUGGCUGCAAGUGCGGCUCGAACUGCACCUGCGAUCCCUGCACCUGUAAAUGAGCGGUCAUUGCAUCGCAGUCUUGAAGCAGAGGGAGAGAGGGCCAUGCACGUCUAUCAAAUAGUACAGUAGUAGCGUGUCUAUCAUAACUAUGUUCUGCCGAGUGACCGGUCUUGUUUCUUACUGUUGUCAUAAAUUAAAAAGCAGAACACAGCUCGAUGGUUUCUUUCCCCUUCCCUGUCUGAAGGGGAAUCGAACCGCGACGGUGAGGCUGUGGCUGCUUUUGUGUUUGGUUGGUCUGUAAUUUUCUUGUUUGUAGUAGUGUGCAUGUCGCCUCCUCUGCUUGGGAUUGAUGAUGGGUCUCUUGUAAGCUCGGCAAAACAUGCAUGAAAUGGAAAUUUUCCUUUCGUAACC